CACCCCGACACCGGGGGAAAUAAAUUAUUCCCAGCCCUCGCACUCCCAGCUCCGUGCCCCACACCCCGGCAGCGGCAGGCGGGGACGGCGCAAGCCUUCGUCGGGCGCGGAGGGGCCGCCCCUGCCCGAUCCGCUCCGCGCUCCGAGCCCCGCGCCCGCCUCCCCUCGAAGUCCCGCGGGCCGCGGCGGGGGGCAGCGCCCGCCCCGUCCCGUCCGUCCCGCCCCGUCCCGCGCGGCGCGGAGCGGAGCGAAGCGCCGGCCCCGCCGUGCCCUGGAUGCCCCAGCGGCGCCGGCGGCAGCAGCAUGGAGCGGCGGCGGGGCGUCCCCGGGGGCUGGCCCUGCCUGCUGGCCGCCCUGGGUGCCCUGCUGGCGGCGGGCCGGGCGGCUGCCCCCCGUGCCCGCUUCUCGCCCUUCUUCUUCCUCUGCACCCACCACGGCGAGCUGGAGGGCGACGGCGAGCAGGGCGAGGUGCUCAUCGCCCUCCACAUCGCGGGCAACCCCGCCGCCUACGUGCCCGGCCAGGAGUACCAGGUGACUAUUUCAACAAGUACCUUCUUUGAUGGCUUGCUGGUGACUGGGCUCUACACAUCAACCAGUGUUCAGGCUUCCCAGAGUGUUGGUGGUUCCAGUGCUUUUGGAUUUGGAAUUAUGUCUGACCACCAGUUUGGAAACCAGUUUAUGUGCAGUGUGGUUGCAUCCCACGUGAGCCAUCUCCCGACUACAAACCUCAGUUUUGUUUGGAUUGCUCCGCCUGCAGGGACGGGCUGUGUCAACUUCAUGGCUACAGCUACUCAUAGGGGCCAAGUUAUAUUCAAGGAUGCCUUAGCACAACAGCUGUGUGAACAGGGAGCUCCGACAGAAGCUCCCUUACAUCCACACCUAGCUGAACUGCACAGUGACAGCAUUAUCUUACGAGAUGACUUUGACUCUGACCAUGAGCAAGAAUUGAAUCCUACCAUGUGGUCUGAGUGCAGUAACUGUGAGGUUGGAGAGCACUGCGGGGUGAUAAUGCACGGCAACGCUGUCACUUUCUGCGAGCCAUAUGGUCCCAGAGAACUGACCACCACUGGCCUUAACACAACUACUGCAUCCGUCCUUCAGUUUUCCCUUGGAUCGGGUUCCUGUCGAUUUAGUUACUCAGAUCCCAGCAUCACCGUGUCCUACAGUAAGAACAGUUCUGCAGAUUGGACUCAGCUGGAGAAAAUUAGUGCCCCUUCCAACAUCAGCACAAUCAUCCACAUCUUGUACCUUCCUGAAGAUGCUAAAGGGGAGAACAUCCAUUUUCAGUGGAAACAGGAUUAUGUUCAUGCUGGUGAUGUGUAUGAAGCCUGUUGGGCAUUGGACAACAUCCUGAUCAUAAAUGCUGCUCACAGAAAAGUUGUGUUAGAAGAUAAUCUGGACCCUGUGGAUACUGGCAACUGGCUUUUCUUUCCUGGGGCCACAGUUAAGCAUAGCUGCCAGUCAGAUGGGAACUCCAUCUACUUCCAUGGGACAGAAGGUAGCGAGUUCAAUUUUGCCACAACCCGAGAUGUGGACCUCUCCAUGGAGGAUGCCCAGGAGCAGUGGACAGAAGAGUUUGAGAGCCAGCCUAAAGGGUGGGACAUAUUUGGAGCCGUCAUUGGUACUGAAUGUGGGACACUGGAAUCUGGCUCAGCUAUGGUAUUCCUCAGAGAUGGAGAAAGAAAAAUAUGUACUCCAUAUAUGGACACUACAGGUUAUGGGAACUUGAGAUUUUAUUUCAGUAUGGGAGGAACUUGUGAUUCUGGAGAAUCCCAUGAAAAUGAUGUCAUGCUUUAUGCCAAGAUUGAAGGCAGGAGGGAACACAUACCUCUUGAUACCCUGACCUAUGCUGCUUACAAGGUUCCAUCUUUGGUUUCUGUUGUCAUUAGUCCGGACCUUCAGACUCCUGCAACCAAGUUUUGCCUGAAGCAAAAGAGUCACCAAGGCCACAACAGGAAUGUGUGGGCUGUGGAUUACUUCCACGUCCUUCCGGUGCUCCCUUCCACAGUGACUCACAUGAUCCAAUUUUCUAUCAAUUUGGGUUGUGGAACUUAUCAACCUGGUAACAGCGUCAGCUUGGAGUUUUCAACCAACCAUGGUCGCUCCUGGUCCCUGCUCCACACCGAGUGUUUGCCUGAGAUAUGUGCUGGGCCUCACCUCCCCCACAGCACCAUCUAUGCCUCUGAAAAUUACAGCGGGUGGAACCGAAUAACUAUUCCCCUUCCCAAUGCUGCAUUAACAAGUGACACCAGGAUUCGAUGGAGACAAACAGGACCAAUCCUCGGAAAUAUGUGGGCAAUCGAUAAUAUUUAUAUUGGUCCAUCUUGCCUUAAAUUCUGCUCAGGUCGAGGACAGUGCACUAGGAAUGGCUGCAAGUGUGACCCCGGCUUUUCUGGGCCAGCGUGUGAGAUGGCGUCGCAGACCUUUCCUAUGUUCAUCUCAGAGAGCUUCACCAGCUCCCGCCUCUCCUCCUACCACAGUUUUUACUCCAUCCGAGGGGCUGAGGUCAGCUUUGGCUGCGGGGUCCUGGCCAGUGGCAAGGCCCUGGUCUUCAACAAGGACGGGAGGCGCCAGCUUAUCACCUCCUUCCUUGACAGCUCCCAGUCCAGGUUCCUACAGUUCACACUACGCCUGGGCAGCAAGUCAGUGCUAAGUACCUGCAAAGCACCCGACCAGCCCGGGGAAGGAGUACUGCUGCACUACUCCUAUGACAACGGGAUUACUUGGAAACUCCUGGAACACUACUCUUAUCUCAACUACCACGAGCCAAGAAUAAUUUCAGUGGAGCUGCCUGAAGAUGCAAGACAGAUCGGCAUUCAGUUCAGAUGGUGGCAACCCUAUCACUCUUCUCAAGGCGAAGACGUGUGGGCAAUCGAUGAAAUUAUCAUGACCUCUGUGCUUUUCAACAGCAUCAGUCUAGACUUCACCAACCUAGUUGAGGUCACACAGUCUCUGGGAUUCUACUUGGGAAAUGUUCAACCUCACUGUGGACACGACUGGACUCUUUGUUUUACAGGAGACUCAAAGUUAGCUUCUAGCAUGCGCUACGUGGAGACCCAGUCUAUGCAGAUUGGAGCUUCGUAUAUGAUACAGUUCAACUUGGUGAUGGGCUGCGGUGAGGCAUUCACUCCUCAUAUGGACAACCAGGUGAAACUGGAGUACUCCACCAACCAUGGCCUCACAUGGCAUCUUGUUCAGGAGGAAUGUCUUCCCAGUAUGCCAAGCUGUCAGGAGUUUACAUCAGCAAGUAUUUACCACUCUAGUGAAUUUACUCAGUGGAGGAGAAUCACUGUUCUUUUACCACAGAAGACUUGGUCCAGUGCCACGCGUUUCCGCUGGAGUCAGUGCUACUACACAGCCCAAGAUGAGUGGGCCUUGGACAACAUCUACAUUGGACAGCAGUGUCCCAACAUGUGCAGCGGGCACGGCUGGUGCGACCACGGUGUUUGCAGGUGUGACUCAGGGUUUCGGGGUACUGAAUGUCAGCCUGAAAAUCCCCUUUCUUCAACCAUCAUGUCUGAUUUUGAGAACCCAGACACCCUGAAGACAGAGUGGCAGGAGAUUAUUGGGGGAGAGAUCGUCAAGCCUGAAGAAGGCUGUGGGGUCAUCUCAUCUGGCUCCUCGCUCUACUUCAACAAGGCUGGAAAAAGACAGUUGGUAAGCUGGGAUUUGGACACAACAUGGGUGGAUUUUGUACAGUUUUACAUCCAAAUAGGAGGAGACAGUUCUUCAUGCAAUAAACCUGACAGCAGAGAAGAAGGUGUGCUGCUGCAGUACAGCAAUAAUGGUGGUAUCAACUGGCAGCUACUAGCAGAAAUGUAUUUCUCUGACUUCAGCAAACCCAGGUUUGUCUAUCUGGAGCUGCCAGCUGCAGCCAAGACACCUUGCACUAGGUUUCGCUGGUGGCAGCCCGUGUUUUCAGGGGAAGGGUAUGAUCAGUGGGCCAUCGAUGACAUCAUCAUCCUGUCAGAGAAGCAGAAGCACAUCAUUCCUGUUGUUAAUCCCACUUUACCACAGAACUUUUAUGAAAAGCCAGCAUUCGAUUACCCUAUGAACCAGAUGAGUGUGUGGUUAAUGCUGGCCAACGAAGGGAUGACCAAAAAUGAAAGUUUCUGCUCUGCCACGCCCUCUGCCAUGCUCUUUGGUAAAUCAGAUGGAGACCGGUUUGCAGUGACUCGAGAUUUAAGUCUGAAGCCUGGAUACGUCCUGCAGUUCAAGCUGAACAUUGGUUGCACCAACCAGUACAGCAGCUCUGCUCCCGUUCUGCUUCAGUACUCACAUGAUGCUGGGCUCUUCUGGUCGCUGGUGAAGGAGGGCUGCUACCCUGCUUCUCCGGGCAUGAAGGGGUGCGAAGGGAGCUCCCGGGAGCUGAGCGAGCCCACCGUGUACCACACGGGAGACUUUGAGGACUGGACAAGGAUUACUAUUGUUAUCCCCAGGUCGCUUGCAGCCAGUAAGACUCGAUUCCGCUGGAUCCAGGAGAGCAGCUCCCACAAGAGCGUGCCUCCUUUCGGCUUAGACGGCGUCUACAUUUCUGAGCCUUGCCCCAACUAUUGCAAUGGCCACGGGGACUGUGUCUCAGGGGUCUGUUUCUGUGACCUGGGCUACACAGCAUCGCAUGGAACGUGUGUGUCUAAUGUGCCUAAUCACAGUGAGAUGUUCGACAGGUUUGAGAGGAAGCUAAGCCCUCUCUGGUACAAGAUAACAGGAGGUCAGGUUGGGACAGGCUGUGGUGUGCUCAGCGAUGGAAAAUCUCUGUACUUCAACGGACCCGGCAAAAGGGAGGCGAGGACUGUUCCCCUGGACACCACAAAUAUCAGACUAGUUCAAUUUUAUGUACAAAUUGGAAGCAAGACUGUUGGUAACUCCUGCAACAGACCAAGAGCUAGGAAUGAAGGGCUUGUUGUUCAAUACACAAAUGACAAUGGGAUCACCUGGCAUUUGCUGAGAGAGCUGGACUUCAUGUCAUACCUGGAACCUCAGAUUAUUUCAAUAGACUUACCUCGGGAGGCCAAAACCCCUGCCACUGCUUUCCGCUGGUGGCAGCCACAACAUGGGAAGCAUUCAGCUCAGUGGGCUUUGGAUGAUGUCCUUAUAGGGAUGAAUGACAGCUCUCAGACUGGCUUCCAGGAUAAAUUCGAUGGAACUGUGGAUUUACAAGCAAGCUGGUACAGAAUACAAGGAGGUCAAGUAGACAUUGACUGCCUGUCUAUGGAUACAGCUCUGAUGUUCAGUGAAAACAUUGGAAAACCUCGUUAUGCUGAGACUUGGGACUUCCAUGUAUCAGCCUCCACUUUCUUGCAGUUUGAGCUGAGCAUGGGUUGCAGCAAGCCAUACAGCAAUUCCCAUAGCAUUCACCUGCAGUAUUCUUUAAACAAUGGGAGAGACUGGCACCUGGUGACAGAGGAGUGUGUCCCUCCAACAAUUGGCUGUCAGCAGUACACUGAGAGCUCCAUCUACACUUCAGAAAGAUUCCAGAACUGGAAGAGAGUUACUGUCUACCUCCCACCCUCAACCAACUCUCCCAGAACACGGUUCAGAUGGAUUCAGUACAACUAUGCUUCUGGUGUGGAUUCUUGGGCUAUCGAUAAUGUGGUCCUGGCUACAGGGUGCCCCUGGAUGUGCUCAGGUCACGGCAUCUGUGAUUCAGGUCAUUGCAUGUGUGACAGAGGCUUUGGAGGUCCAUACUGUGUCCCAGUCCUUCCUUUGCCAUCUGUCCUGAAGGAUGAUUUCAAUGGUAACUUGCAUCCAGACCUUUGGCCUGAAGUCUACGGUGCUGAGAGGGGAAACCUGAAUGGUGAUACCAUCAAGUCUGGAACAGCUCUCAUUUUCAAAGGGGAAGGACUGAGAAUGCUUGUUUCAAGAGAUCUAGAUUGCACUAAUACCGUGUACAUCCAGUUUUCAUUUAAAUUUAUUGCCAAAGGCACCCCCGAGAGGUCUCAUUCCAUCCUGCUGCAAUAUUCUGUCAACGGUGGCAUCACUUGGCACCUGAUAGAUGAGUUUUACUUCACACAGACUACAGAUGUCCUCUUUAUUAACGUUCCUCUGCCCUAUGCAGCCCAAAACAAUGCGACACGGUUCAGGCUCUGGCAACCUUACAACAACGGCAAAAAAGAAGAAAUAUGGAUUAUUGAUGACCUCAUUAUUGAUGGAAAUAACUUAAAGAAUCCCAUUAUCCUUUUGGAUACCUUUGACUUCGGUCCUAAAGAGGACAACUGGUUUUUCUAUCCUGGUGGAAACAUUGGGCUUUAUUGCCCAUAUUCAUCUAAAAGAGCUCCGGAAGAAGAUUCAGCUAUGGUAUUUGUUUCAAAUGAAGUUGGAGAGCACUCCAUUACCACACGGGACCUGAGUGUAAAUGAAAAUACUAUCAUCCAAUUUGAGGUACCCAUCCUCAGAAAGUUAUUUUGCCUUUUGUUUCAUGAGUUCUGCUCUUCCACAUUCUGCUCUGUUGUAUUUGCCCAGCUCUUAUGAUUGCCAAGUAGAGAA